AAUGCGAGGACUUGAGUGCAAAUACGACGCUGCUGAUUAAGCAGAGGAGACAAGUCCAAAACUGUUUUGUAUUGAUUAUUUAGCAUAGUAAUACAGCGAAGAACGAGCUGUCUGAUGUGUACGGCCAAAUUAAGAGACAGACUAAUGACUGUUGUUGUUUUGCUCCAAGUGUCGUCUUCCUUGUCACUCAAGCUAAGUUCCACUGGCAUCGCCGGCCCGAUUUUAUAUUGUAUCGUAUUCUAUUCCGAUCCCUUUUUUUUGACAGAAAAGUACAGGCUCUCUUAGCUAGCCAACUGAUUCCAUGGCGUUUUUGUCUUGGCGACACCGUUUCGGCGUUUCCACACCAACAUGGCGCCAGUGAUUUUUUUUACAAGAAAAGUACAAGCCGGGAUGGCCCAUGUAUUUUUGGUUUUUUUCUCUCACUGAGACGAAAUUUUGAGGCCCAUAUUAAGUUGGGCCGGCCGGGUGGCCUGGAUGGUUUGUAGGGCCCAGUGAUAGAUAGGCCUAGCUGCACAUCUCGGCCCGUCCAGCUAGAAGGUCGUAUACAUUUUUCUGUUCUGAUCCUUCUUUAGAAAGAUAAAAUAGAAGCUCUCUUUGGCUACCCAACUGAUAACAUAUCCUUUUGUUUUUGCAACACUGUUUCCACACCAACAUGUCACCACUGAUUUUUUUAGGGAAGCAUCAGUGAUUGUUUUUUGUUUUUCAGAAGGCAUGAUCUGAGACCAAAAUUUCAAGGCCGGGUCGGGCCGGAUAGCUUGUCAGGUCCAGUGAAAAAUGGGCCCAACCAGACCUCUCGGCCUUAAAAAAAAGCUAGAAGAUCAUCAACACCUGAAUGCAUUUUUGCCUCUAAAAGAUGACCUGAAUGCAUUUUGCAAAUAAAACAAAUCAGCGGCUGGAUGUAUUUUCGAGAUCGAUUAAUGAAUUUCAAUUAUAUUCCGGCUCACAAGACUAACAAUUCCCAACACCAUUGGCGACGGGAAUCGUCAGCAUAUGCAUAUUACGUAGGCUCCCAAAUUCCUCCUUUUCUAAUGAGAAGUUCGAACUAGAGUGUUCUCACCUUGUUGACUUCAAAGGAAAACUUGCCCUGCAACCAGCCAAUCUGCGAGGGUUCCUUGCCCUCCAACCAGCCAAGCUAAUCAACCUGUUGAUUACUUCGUUUCCUGAAACAAGAGACAACAUAAAUGAGGUUAAAGUACAUCUUUAAACAAAACCUUCGACAAUGACAAAGAGGUACUUUAUUUGUCGUGUGGAUGACUUCCGGUGCUCAUGCUCGAAUUCUUUUCUCAGACAGUAAGCAUCGAUAGUAAUGUUCAGUUAAAACAAAGAGACGUUAAUUACAUCACAAAACGAAAACAAAAGAAAGAACGAGGCAACACGCCGAAGAAUCAGGGUCAAGGUUUCCCCUGCUGGUACGAUUAGUGAUAUCAUUUGUGGUACUUAAACUAACUAACACCUUAUCGCUUGAGCACCAUACCAACUUGUAUUUACUUAUUUGCACGCACAAACCUACUCCAAAUCAGUUUAACAUGGUCUGGUAUGCUGUUUGCAAGCAUGUAACAUGAGUAAUCAGCGUCCAGCUAUGCUGGUUUUCGUAGCUAGCAUUUUACUCCCAGCAGCGGCAACGCUGGCCGAAGCCUCUUCCGGCCGCGCCGUCUCGCUGCCAGGCUGCCCCGACAAGUGCGGCGACGUGCCCAUCCCAUACCCCUUUGGCAUCGGCACGCACUGCGCCGCGACCAGCCUGAGCAGCUACUUCAACCUCACCUGCAACAGCACGAUCCAUCCACCGCGGCCAAUGGUCGGGAAUGAUGAGGCUGUGGUUGAGAUCACUAACAUCUCGCUGGAGCACGGCGAGAUGCGUGUGCUCAGCCCCGUCAACCACAUCUGCUUCACUUCGGACACCACGUUCACCAAGUUCCUCGGAGGGUACGAGCUGCAACUCACGCCCUUCCUCCCCUCCCCAUCGCGCAACCGCUUCACGGUAAUCGGCUGCAACACGCUUGGGCUCAUCAGCGGGUACAAAGGCACCGCGAGCCAGUACGUGGCUGGCUGCUACUCCUACUGCGAGGGCGUCAACAACACGACUGAAGGCGCGCCGUGUGCUGGGAUGGGCUGCUGCGAGGCUGCCAUCCCCGCAAACCUCACCUCCUUUGGGGUCAAGUUUGAGAUGAACCAGAGCAAGGUAUGGGGCUUCAACCCGUGCUUCUACGCCAUGGUGGCAGAGGUUGGGUGGUACAACUUCAGGCAGCAGGACCUCGUCGGCAGACUUGGGUUCGUUGAUGAUCGAGCCCAGAGAGGUGCCCCCGUUGUCGCUGACUGGGCCAUUAGGAACGCCUCAUGCCCGGAGGAGGGGAAGGACAAGCCUAAUGACUAUGCCUGCAUCAGUGUCAACAGCCAUUGCGUGGCCGCGAACAAUGGUCCAGGGUACUUAUGCCAGUGUUCCAAAGGAUAUGAAGGCAAUCCUUAUCUUUUGAACGGCUGUCAAGACACAGAUGAGUGCGCAUUGCGUAAGCAGCACACCAAGUAUGAAGAUUUGUAUCCAUGCAGAAAAGGGGUCUGCCACAACACACCAGGAAGCUACUUAUGCAAAUGCAAGAAAGGAACAAAAUCUGAUGGUACAAAUUUUGGAUGCCAAUCUAAGCAUUCUCCAGCAGACAAAAUGGUUAUUGGCCUCAGUGUUUCUGCAACGGUGGUGAUGGCCUUAGCAUGCUCGUUGAUCAUGCAAUUACAAAGGAAAAGGCACAAGAAGGAGAAAGAUGAGUAUUUCAAACAAAAUGGAGGUCUCAAGUUAUAUGAUGAGAUGAGGUCAAGGCAGGUUGACACAAUUCGCAUACUUGCUGAAAAAGAGAUAAAGAGAGCAACUGAUAACUACAAUGAAGAUCGAAUUAUUGGAUGUGGUGGGCAUGGGAUGGUCUAUAGAGGAACUUUGGAUGAUCAAAAAGAGGUCGCCAUAAAAAAGUCCAAAGUAAUCAGCGAUGAUUGGAGGGAAGAAUUUGUCAAUGAGAUAAUAGUCUUGUCACAAAUCAAUCACCGAAACAUUGUGAGGUUACUAGGAUGUUGUCUGGAUGUAGAUGUCCCAAUGUUGGUCUACGAGUUCGUCCCCGGUGGUACUUUAUCUGAGUUUCUUCAUGGCGCUGGUUGUAGAUCGCCAAUCCCUUUGGAUCUUCGCCUUAAGAUUGCUACACAGUCAGCAGAAGCUCUAGCUUACUUACAUUCUUCGACAUCUCGCACAAUCCUACAUGGGGAUGUCAAGUGUGCCAACAUUCUCUUGGAUGAUCAGCUCAACGCAAAAGUUGGCGAUUUUGGAGCAUCAGCACUUAAGUCCAUGGAUGAAAGUGAAUUCAUCAUGUUUGUUCAUGGAACACUGGGCUACCUUGAUCCAGAGAGCUUUAUCAGUCGUCAUCUCACCGACAAAAGUGAUGUAUACAGCUUCGGGGUGGUUCUUCUCGAGCUGAUGACUAGAAAGAGGGCUAUAUAUACUGACAACUUCAAUGAAAAGGAAUCAUUGUCAUAUAGUUUUCCCUUGAUGUUUCAAAAGAGGAGACACCUUGUUAUGCUGGACACUGAAAUUACAGAUGAUGCAGUUAUGGUGGUGCUUGAGAACAUGGCUGAACUUGCAGUGCAGUGCCUUAGCCCAAAGGGAGAUGACAGGCCAACGAUGAAGGAAGUUGCUGAGAGCCUACAGAUGAUGAGGAGACUCCGACUGCACUCAGCUAGUGAUCCUGAAAAUAAUCACUAUACACAUAGCUAUGGAGGAUCAUCUUCAGUUGUGGUCCCUUUGGAAGAGACAACACGUGGGACCAUCGAUAUGUCAGAACUGGUUGAAGAUCUUUCAAGAUGAUAUUGUAAUUUUCUACGCACAGUCAAUUCUUUUGUUUGUGAUAUGUGACAAUAAAUAUUUAACCCCCACUGUUGCAAUAGUUACACCAAUUUACGGGGCAAGGAUCCUAACAUUCGAUUUGACAUGCCAGAGAAAUCACCACAUACAUCAUUGUUUAAUUUUUGAUAAAACACACGCCAUUGCAGGUAUGGAACAUGUAGACGAUAGGCGUAUAGUUUGAUUAUGAGUAUCCAGACUUUGUCUUGGCCAUUUAAUUUGGAAAUGGUACCAUUUCAACUAAGGACAUGUCCACUUAUGCAGCACAAUACGGAUUUUAUUAGUUCCAUAGCAGAAAUCGGAAUUUACCUGUGCUGGGUGGGGAAUGAGUGUCUCCCAAUUCCGUGGGUCAAUACGCACUACGCACUGCCGGUCCAAUCAUGAGCUGGUGACUAGCUGCCACGGAGCAGAAUCGGCGGCGGCACUACGAACUGAUCCAAAUUCACCAGCGCCGGCAUUCACCGCCAGUCUCCACGCCACAUGCAUGGAGCCCUCCCUCUCGGCCAGGGUCACCACGGUUCGCACGACAGAGCCUUAGCGCCCGAAGCCCGCAUUUCUAACCCGUGGGAAAUAGAAGUUCACUCGUCACAUUGUUAGCUCUCUUUUGCUGCCACCGUCACUGAACUACCAGUUCUGAAGCAGCAGCGAUCAUAACUUGUCCAGGUGAUGGCGAUUGUUUCGCCAAUUUUGAUCCACUUUGCUUCAUGUGCCUCAUUUUACUUUUCGGAAAACCAACAGGAGCCACAUGUUUGUCAGUCAACCUUCGAUAGCCGAAUGAUAAAAUAGGAGCAGUAGCAUCGAUUUGGAGAAGCUUCCGACGAAGCGAAGAAAUAAAAAUCCUUAACUGCCAACUGAGUCCAUAUCCUUCUUUCUCUGCAACUAUGUUUCGACAGCAAUAUAUCGUCAGAGCUUCAGGCUGGGUCAGAUGCCGGAUGGUAUGCAUUUUCCUGGGCCCAGAGGUAAAUAGGCCCAACCAAACCACCUUGACCAUCCAGCUAGAAACUCAUCACAAUGUUUAGAACCUCAAAACUCAUCAUUCGCUCCUUGUCUCCUGAUGCCCCUCAUAACAUAAAUGUAUUCUUCUAGGUGAACACAUGAAUGUUGAUAUGCUCCAACUGAACAAACUAAAAAUCACCACUCUGGCAAUGCAACAAGUUAACACAUUGGCGAAUGAGAGUGUAUUGUGUAGGCUCCAGAUUUCUUCUCAAAUGAGCCGGAACCGGUUUGUGCUCACCUUGCUAAUUUUCUAGUAAGGGUAGGCCCCAACUGGCCAGUCUCUGAUGAUUCCUACUCCUGUAUGUUACCAAAAACGCCAGAUCACCU